AAUGGCAACGCUGCUUAUGGAAAAAUUAUCGAUAAUUUCCGAUUGUGAAACUGUUUAGAUGAAGGUCAAUAUGGUAACACCAGGUUAAAAAUAUUUAUUGGCGGCGUGUUUUUGCGAUUUUGGCAUUUAUUGUGUUGUAAAAAUGGAGGAUAUCCCUGAUGACAUGUGGUCUCCUUUUAAGCAUCUCUAUAGAGUUAUAGAGCAGACUGUCAUAAAUCCAAACGAAUCAGCUAUUUCAAGUUUGGAAGUGUGUCUUAAGCGCCAUAAACAAGUUUUCGUAAAUCUCUUGCGAAAUCCCCCUAAGAAUGAAGCAAAUAGGUCACAGCUUCGAGCUUGUGCUACUCAAGGUGUUCCUUUUAGUGGAAAUAGCAGAGCUUUUCCUGUAUCUACGGAACUUAUUGAAGAAAGUAUUAUUAUAUCCGAUAUGUUUGAUUUAGAUGAGUUUUUGGCACUGGAACUAUUGUGCACUGCCCAACAUCAAAUGGUACAUUAUCCUGGACUUCCCCGUGGCUUGGUAGCCGUGCUAUUAUACUAUGAUGGACGAAAGGCGGUAGCUAAUUCUAUUCGCGAUCUGUUUCAAAUAACAAGUGGAGUCUCAUGGGUUCCGGAAUCUCCAAAAAAAUUAGUACAACUGGUUUCAUUAUUUUCGCAAAACCUAGUAGAGGACUCAAAUAUAUUGGACAGAAUCAUAGAUUUAUUGAACGAGUUGGAUAUUGUUAAAGAGAUUAAUAUACUAACCAAAAACAGAGCUCUUGGAGACAACAAACAUCAAAAUCAAGUAACGGAGCUAUUCGUAGACAUUCGCAUUUCUUUAGCCACAGCCUUGUUUAAUUGGUCGGCUCAAAGAGGAUUGCCAAAGUCGAACACUAUAAAAUUACUUAAAAGUUUAGUGCUAUAUAAGUCCAAAGAAGCAAACGGAGAAAUGGAAAAUACAACUCUUACCAUGCUCAUGGCUCUACUCUACUCGUAUGACACCAGUAUUUUGCAAAAACAGGAUGACAACCAAUUGAUACAAAAUUUAUAUGUUAUAAAAGACCGCGAAUAUGUGCAACAGAUAUAUUCAGCUUUAAUGGCUGAAUCAAAUUCGGACCUAAACAAUGGAAUUUUGAGUUUAGUGAAAUUUUCAUUCGGCUUGGCGAUUUCUGGUUUGCGCCAUGCAUCACAGUAUUUUCACAAUCAAACAUCAAUAUCGGACUAUGACGAACAUUUGGUAGAUGAGGCAAUUUGUUCAAACAUAUUCAAAUUCAUUUAUUGUUAUCUACUGGAAAAGAAUAUGACAUAUCAACAUCAAUUCUUCUAUAGAAGAGUGCAUAUGUUAUUUACCGACUUUAUUGAUUUCAUGCAUUCCAAAGUAACUGAACUACGUGGAAGAGCAGAUGAAACUUCAAAGACUGUUCUUAGUUUUACCAGUCAAGGUUUGGAACCGCCAAAAAAUUUGGAUCAUAAUUUUGAAAUGCUUCUACUGUGCAUUGGGAAAUUUUAUGCUGAAGACAAGGCUGGACUUUCAUUGUGCUCCGAAUAUUGGGGACCCCUAGAUUCUUCCCCAAAUUAUGUAACAACAACUCGAUCUGUUUCACUUUUUAAAUUCAUACGCUUAGCAGGAGAAUUACUUCCUGCAACUUUAUUUGUUCCUUACUUAAAAAUGAUUGCUGGUUUAUCCAGCUGUGAAAGGUCUUCUCGAAGUACAUUCAAUUUACUAAAGCAAUCAACUGGAUUAACCGGCAGUGCUGCUCUAUCCUGGGAGCACUUUUUUUCUUCAUUAACACGAUAUUACACAAAUUUAAAACAAGAUUUCUACCCUGCUGCUGAAUUGAUAUACAGAAAUAGAAUAAUAAACCGUAAUAUAAAUCCCCAAGAAAUUGAGGGUUUACGAGCGGUAUUGGAGGUAUUGCGCGCUGUGGCUUCUCAUGAUGAGGUAGCAAGAAUUGCAAUUUGCGAACAUCCUAAUUGGAAUCCUCUUUACACAUUAAUAGGACUGCUUAGUUGUUCCGUACCCAUAUACUUAAAAUCUGAUAUUCUAUUGACAUUAACAGCUCUGGCAAAAUCAAAGGAGACCGCUAUACCACUAUGGAACAACUUGGAAGCUUCACAAAUUAUAAAAACACUUCCCUCCAAUAUGAACUACGAUACCUGUAAUUUAGAGAUGGAAAUUGAACAAAAUGAAUGCCGGCUGGAACAUUAUCCACUGACUAAUAGCGUACUUGAUUUAUUAUAUGCUCUGGUAUCCACGGUUAUACCCAAAAAUUUGGGUGGGGGACCAAGAAAACCGGGACUUGAUCCAUAUUUGAACUUUUUAAUCAACGGAAUUUUUUUGAAAUUUUAUAACAGGUAAUAAAUUAUGUAACAUUUUCUAUAUAUUUUUUUAAUCUCCUUUAACGAAAUAAUAUAAAUUUAAUAACA